UCCUGCCCAGGUCCUAGGGUGGGGAUUUUGGGCAGGAAAGGAACCAUGUCCCCUGACUGCCAGUGCUUCUGGGUCUUGGUGAUUGUGGCUACUGGUGGGGCAAGCUUAGGAGCUGAAGCAGCACGACUCAGACAGUUCUAUGUGGCUGCUCAAACCAUCAACUGGAGCUACCUCCCUGAGCCCAUGAACCCGAGUUCGAAACCUCCUGCAACUUCCUUUAAGAAAAUUGUCUACAGAGAAUAUGAAGCAUAUUUUGAGAAAGAAAAACCACAUUCUAGAAUUUCAGGGCUUCUUGGGCCUACUUUAUAUGCUGAAGUUGGCGACAUCAUGAAAGUCCACUUUAAGAAUAAAGCAGACAAGCCCUUAAGCAUCCAUCCCCAAGGAAUUAAGUAUAGCAAAUUCUCAGAAGGUGCAUCUUACGUGGACCACACAUUCCCUGUGGAGAAGAUGGAUGAUGUUAUAGCACCAGGCCAGGAAUAUACUUAUGAAUGGAUUAUCAGUGAGGACAGUGGGCCCACACAAGAUGACCCUCCCUGCCUCACACACAUCUAUUACUCCCAUGAAAACCUUAUACAUGACUUCAACUCUGGACUUAUUGGACCUCUGCUUAUUUGUAAGAAAGGCACCCUCACUGAGGAUGGGAUUCAGAAGAUGUAUGACAAGCAACAUGUGUUGAUGUUUGCUGUGUUUGAUGAAAGCAAGAGUUGGAGCCACUCACCAUCCCUAAUGUACACAGUCAAUGGCUAUGUAAAUGGAACCAUGCCAGAUGUUACAGUUUGUGCCUAUGACCAUGUCAGCUGGCAUCUGAUUGGAAUGAGCUCUGGACCAGAAUUGUUCUCCAUUCAUUUCAGUGGUCAAGUCCUGGAGCAGAACCAUCAUAAAAUCUCAGCCAUUACCCUCGUCAGUGCUACGUCCACCACUGCAAACAUGACUAUGAGCCCAGAGGGGAAGUGGAUCAUAUCUUCUCUCAUCCCAAAACAUUUUCAAGCUGGAAUGCAGGCUUCCUUAAAUGUUAAGAACUGCCCAAAGAAAACCAGAAAAACUAAGAAACUCACUCGUGACCAGAGGCGGUACAUGAAGAGAUGGGAAUACUUCAUUGCUGCAGAAGAAGUCAUUUGGGACUAUGCACCUGUAAUACCAGCAAACAUGGAUAAGAAAUACAGAUCUCUGCACUUGGAUAAUUUCUCAAACCAAAUUGGAAAGCAUUAUAAGAAGGUCGUCUAUAGACAGUACCAAGAUGAGUCCUUCACCAAAAGGCUGGAUAUCAAUGAAAAUGGAAUUUUGGGCCCUGUUAUUAGAGCCCAGGUCAGAGACACACUUAAAAUUGUAUUCAAAAAUAUGGCAAGCCGUGUGUACAACAUUUACCCUCAUGGAGUGACCUUCUCUCCUUAUGAAGAUCAAGUCAACUCUUCUUCCAACUUGGGUGCUGAUACCAUAAUUAGAGCAGUUCAACCAGGGGAAAACUAUACUUAUAAGUGGAACAUCCUAGAGUCUGAUGAACCCACAGAAAAUGAUGCCCAGUGCUUAACAAGACCAUACUAUAGUAAUGUGGACAUUAUAAGGGAUAUAGCCUCUGGGCUUAUAGGGUUACUUCUAAUUUGUAAAAGCAGAUCCCUGGACAAGCGAGGCAUACAGAGGACAGCAGACAUUGAACAGCAGGCUGUGUUUGCAGUGUUUGAUGAGAACAAGAGCUGGUAUAUUGAGGACAACAUCAACAAAUUUUGUGAAAAUCCUGAUAAAGUGAAUCGUGAUGACCCCAAGUUUUAUGAAUCAAACAUCAUGAGUACCAUCAAUGGAUAUGUACCCGAAAGUAUACCCACACUACGAUUCUGCUUUGAUGACACUGUCCAGUGGCACUUCUGCAGUGUGGGAACCCAGGAUGACAUUUUGACUGUUCACUUCACUGGGCAUUCAUUUACCUAUGGAAAGAGGCAUGAGGACACCUUGGCCCUCUUCCCCAUGCGUGGGGAAUCUGUGACUGUUACAAUGGAUAAUGUUGGAACUUGGAUGUUAACCACCAUAAAUUCCAAUCAAAGAAGCAAAAAUCUAAGGUUGAGAUUCAGUGAUGUUAAGUGUUUCCGGGAUGAUGAUGAUGACUCAUAUGAGAUUAUAUAUGAACCUUCAGAAUCUACAUCCAAGACUACAAGGAAAAUACAUGAUUCUUCUGAAACUAAAGAUGAGGAGGAUGGUGAUGAUGAUGAUUACCAGGAUAAAAUAGCUUUAGCAUUAGGAAUUAGGUCAUUCCGAAAUUCAUCACUGAAUCAGGAGGAAGAUGAGUUCAAUCUUACUGCCUUAGCUCUCGAGGACAACUCUGAAGUUAUUCCUCCAAGUACUGAUAGAGCUAUUGGUUCAAAUUCUUCUUCCCUAAGUAACAUUAGGCUCAGUGACAAUAAUUACACAGAAAUUUGGAAAACUCUUCCUGACCCAGAAGUCACCACAACCCUUCCACCUCUGGGACACAGUGGCUUAAACAAGAAUUUAGUUCUUGUCCCUUCCACAGCAGAGCAUUCUAGCCCUUAUUCUGAAGACCCUAUAGACGAUCCUCUACAGUCAGAUGUCACAAGGAUAAGCCUACUUCCACCAGGUGCAGAAGGACUUAGAAGCCAAAAACAUGUUAAACAUAAUGGAUACAAGGCAGGAAGAGAACAGCCAGUAAAGUAUAGGUUCUCCAAGAUGGAAUUACCAGUACAUAAAUCUGGGAGACAUUUAAAGAAAGGCAAUAUGUCCUCUUCUAGAAAAGUAUCCUUGGCAGACCUACCCAAUAAUCUGCAACUCUUGAAACAAAAGAAUCCAUCAAAGAUUUUGAAUGGGAAGUGGCAUUUGAUUUCUGAGAAAGGUGACUAUGAAAUAACACAAAAUGAUGAAGACAACACAGCUGUUAAUAAACUGUUAAACAACUCACAGAAUUCCUCAAGGACUUGGGGAGAAAGCAUUCCUCUUAGAAAUGAGCAUGAAAAGCAGAGUGGUAACCGAACAUUUUCUGGAAUUAAACAUAAAUUUCUACAAGUAAGAAAGGAUGGAGGAAAUGGUAGGUUGAAGAAAAACUCUUUUUUCAUUAAGACGCGGAAAAAGAAAAGGGAAGAGAAGUUUGCACAGCAUGUUCCUCUAUCUCCAAGGGGUUUUCACCCUCUAAGUGGAAAGACCAACAUCACAUUUUCAGACAGGAGACUUGAUCAUUCAUUGUUACUCCAUAAACCCAAUGAAACAUCUGUUCCCAUAGAUCUCAAUCAAACAUCUUCCUCUAUGAAUCUCAGCCUGAUAGCCUUACUUGCCGACCAUAAUCAGAACUUCCCAAAUGACACUAGUCAGACAAGCUCCCCUCCAAAUCUUUAUUCAACCAUGCUCCCAGAGGAACACAAUCAAAUGUCUGCUACUCAAGAGUCUGAUCAAAUGUACUCCACCAUAGACUUCAGUCACAAUUCUUCAGAGUUCAAUCGGAUGCUUGACUAUGACAUUGGUCAAGUGUUUUCUUCCUUGGAACUUGAAGCUUGGCAGAUAACCAUCUCACCCCAGGCAACCCCUUCCCCAGACCUUAGCCAAGAAACUGUCUCUCCAGACCUCAGCCAGAUGACCCCUAGCCCAGACCUAGGUCAAGCAAUCCACUCUGCAGAUAUCAGUGAAACUACCCUUCUAGAUAUCAGAAAAACAUCACCUCCUCCUGAAAUUGAUCAUAUAGUUGACACUUCUGAAUCUAGUCAUUCAUUGCCGCUUCCAGAAUUUGGUCAGACCUUAUCUUAUGCAGACCUUGAUCAUGUUCCAUCUCCUUCACUCAAUGGCACUUUUAUGUCAAGGGAAUUAAAUCCAUUGGUUGUAGUUGGCCUGAGUGGAGAUGAUGGAGAUUAUAUUGAGUUUAUUCCCACGCAAAAGGAACAGAGCAGUGAAGAAGAUUAUGUUGAAAUUGACUAUGUGGCCUAUGAUGACCCUUACCGAACUGAUAUUAGGACAGACAUCAACUCCUCCAGGAAUCCUGACAACAUUGCAGCAUGGUAUCUCCGCAGCAACAAUGGAAACAGAAGAAAUUAUUACAUUGCUGCUGAAGAAAUAUUCUGGGAUUAUUCAAAAUUUGCACAAAGUGAAAUGUAUAAUGAAGACGCUGAUGACAUUCCAGAGGAUACCAUAUAUAAGAAAGUUGUUUUUCGACAGUACCUUGAUAACUUUUUUACCAGACGUGAUCCUCAAGGGGAAUAUGAAGAGCAUCUUGGCAUUCUUGGUCCUAUUAUUAGAGCUGAAGUGGAUGAUGUUAUCCAAGUUCGUUUUAAAAAUUUAGCAUCCAGACCAUAUUCUCUUCAUGCCCAUGGGCUUUCCUAUGAAAAAUCAUCAGAGGGAAAAACAUAUGAUGAUGAUUCUCCUGAGUGGUUUAAGGAAGACAAUGCCAUCCAGCCAAACAGCAGCUAUACAUAUGUAUGGCAUGCCACUGAGCGAUCAGGGCCAGAAAAUCCGGGCUCUGCCUGUCGAGUCUGGGCCUACUACUCGGCUGUGAACCCGGAAAAAGACAUCCAUUCGGGUUUGAUAGGUCCCCUUUUGAUCUGCCGAAAAGGAACACUUCAAAAAGAAAACUACAUGCCUGUAGACAUGAGAGAAUUUGUCUUACUUUUUAUGGUCUUUGAUGAAAAGAAGAGUUGGUACUACGAAAAGAAGCCCCAGGGGUCUUGGAGACACACGUCCUCAGAAGUAAAAAACUCCCAUGAGUUUCAUGCCAUUAAUGGAAGGAUCUACAACUUGCCUGGCCUGCAAAUGUACGAGCAAGAGUGGGUGAGAUUGCACCUGCUGAACAUAGGCAGCUCCAGAGACAUUCAUGUGGUUCACUUUCAUGGCCAGACCUUGUUGGAAAAUGGCACUCAACAGCACCAGUUAGGGGUCUGGCCCCUUCUGCCUGGUUCAUUUAAAACUGUUGAAAUGAAGGCAUCAAAACCUGGCUGGUGGCUUCUAGACACACAGGUUGGAGAAAACCAGAAAGCAGGGAUGCAAACACCAUUUCUUAUUAUAGACAAAGAAUGUAAAAUGCCAAUGGGGCUAAGCACGGGUAUCAUAACUGAUUCACAGAUCAAGGCUUCUGAUUAUUUGAGUUAUUGGGAGCCCAAAUUAGCAAGAUUAAAUAAUGGUGGAUCAUAUAAUGCUUGGAUUGCAGAAAAAUCUUCAAAAGAUUUUGUCUUUACACCUUGGAUCCAGGUGGAUAUGCAAAGGGAAGUCUUAUUCACUGGGAUUCAGACCCAAGGUGCCAAACACUACCUGAAGUCCUACUAUACCACUGAGUUUUCUGUGUCUUAUAGCUCUGACCAGUCAAAUUGGAAGAUCUUCAAAGGGAAAAGCACACAGAAUGUGAUGUAUUUUAAAGGCAAUUUCGAUGCCUCUACAGUAAAAGAGAAUACGUUUGAUCCACCUUUUAUGGCUAGAUAUAUUCGGAUCUCGCCAACUAGAUCCUAUAACAGGCCAACCCUUCGACUGGAGCUGCAAGGUUGUGAGGUUACCGGAUGCUCUACACCACUUGGUAUGGAAAGUGGAAAGAUAGAAAACAAGCAAAUUACAGCUUCCUCAUUUAAAAAAUCUUGGUGGGGAAAUUAUUGGGAACCUUCUCUUGCCCGUCUUAAUGCCCAGGGCCGUGUGAAUGCCUGGCAAGCCAAGGCAAAUAAUAACAAACAGUGGUUACAAAUUGACCUGCUCAAAAUCAAGAAGAUAACUGCAAUUGUAACCCAGGGUUGCAAGUCUCUGUCCUCUGAAAUGUAUGUGAAAAGCUACACCAUCCAGUACAGUGACCAGGGAGUAGAAUGGAAAUCUUACCGGCGUAAAUCCUCCAUGGUGGACAAGAUUUUUGAAGGAAACAGUAAUAUCAAUGGACAUGUGAAGAACUUUUUCAAUCCACCAAUUAUUUCCAGGUUUAUACGCAUCAUUCCUAAGACAUGGAAUCAAAGUAUUGCACUUCGUCUUGAACUCUAUGGCUGUGAUAUUUACUAGAAUUGAAUAUUCAAAAAUAUAGGAGGGGCACUUAAAUAUACAAGCCAUUUAGAGUGGGCAGUAUAUUUUAUAGCUAUUUCAAAUAUUAAUGAUUUUCCACUGUUCCAUUUAUUUUCUAUAGGAGAAUAAAAUUUUAUAUAUGAAACUUUUAUAAUGUAGCUCCUUGCUACCAUCAGGUGAGGCAAUGACUAUUAUUUCUACAUUAACCUGAAAAUAGAUGGGAAAGGGUUAAGAACCAACAAGAAAAUAGCUCAACUUCCACAAUGAUGAAGAAUGUUCUUUAGAGUAAGAUUUAUGGAAUUAUCAUGCUUCUUACCAUUCCUUUAAAUUCUAUUCACAUUAAUAAAAAAAAAAAGAUUACUUUCUUAAAUC